AGCCUCCCAGGCCUGCAAGGGUGUCCAGAACAGCCACCAGCCUUUCCCGCAGGGAGUAAAGGCUGGCCCUUCCGCAGAGGCUUGGGGUGUGGGAGUGGGAGCUGUCUUAAGCUCUGUAGCACCCUGGACCAUGAAAGGCACCUCAGAUGUCAUCUUGUGUGUGGAGGCGACAGAGCAGAGCAAGACAGAGUUCUGCAACCCUGCUUUCGAGGCGGAUUUGGGGUCUCCCAGCCCUCUGCCAGCCUUCCAGGAAGAUGGGAGCAGCCUCCGAGACCCCUGGCGUGCAAGGCGGCGGCCCCCCCAAGGGCUGCGGCCAGACUGCCACUUCUCCGGGCUUUGCGUCCUGCUGCUGCUGCUCGGGCUGUUGCUGCUGCUGCUGCUCGGGCUGCUGGCAGCCAUCCUCCUGGCCCAGUUGCAGGAGACACCCCCAGCCACGGCCUCCGCUAGCCCCCCGCCUGCCCGAGGUCUCGGAAGCACCUUCUGGACGGGCUUCGCCAUCAGCACUGCCAACGCCACCUCUCAGGCCAACGGGCGCCCUGUGGGGCAGCAGGCGGCGGCGAGCACCAGCCCCACCCCUCAACCCGCCUGUGGGGGAUUCCUCACCGGCCUAAGGGGCUUCUUCAGCAGCCCCAACUACCCAGACCCUUACCCACCCAAUGCCCACUGCGUGUGGCAUAUCCAGGUGGCCCCAGACCACGUGGUACAGCUCAGGAUCGACACCCUGGACAUAGAGAAUGUGGCUUCCUGUCUGUUUGAUCGCAUGGAGCUCUCCCCUGAGCCGGAAGGUCCCCUCCUCAGGGUUUGUGGGAAGAUGCCUCCCCCGACACUCAACACCAAUGCCAGCCACCUCCGGGUGGCCUUCGUCUCUGACAGUAGCGUGCAGGGGCUUGGCUUCCAUGCCUGGUACCAGGCUGUGGCCCCUGGGCAUGGGAGCUGUGCCCAUGAUGAGUUCUCCUGUGACCAGAUCCUCUGCCUGCUCCCCGACUCGGUGUGUGAUGGCUUCGCCAACUGUGCUGACGGCAGCGACGAGGCCAACUGCGGUGCCAAGUUCCCAGGAUGUGGGGGGAACUUGACAGGGCUCCAGGGCACUUUCUCUGCCCCCACCCUCCUGCAGCGGUCCCCUCAUCAGCAGCUUUGCACAUGGCAUCUGACUGUGCCCGAGGGACACGGCAUAGCACUGCAGUUCCACAACUUCAGCCUGGAAGCCCACGGGGAGUGUAAGCUGGACUACGUGGACGUGUAUGAGAGUGGCCACUCGGGGGCCCUCCGCUUCCUGGGCAGGUUCUGUGGGGCAGAGCCGCCCCCACGCCUGGUCUCCUCGCACCACACACUGGCUGUGCUCUUCAGGACAGACCCUGGCUUCAGCAGCGGGGGCUUCUCGGCCACUUACCAGGCCCUCAAUGCCACCAGCAGUAGGUGCCCCUGGGCAGGUGGGCAUGGGCAGCUGGAGGAGCAGGCAGGGUCCGCACUCUGGUCAGUUUCCCUUCGUGGGCCCUGCACUCCAGAGCCCUGUGGACCCUGGGAGUUGCCCUGCGAAGACGGGGCGUGUGAAGCUCUGCAGUGGGCGUGUGAUGUGUGGAGAGACUGCACGCAGGGAGGCAGUGCAGGCAACUGCACCAGGGCCCUCCCUCCACCCACAGAGCUGGCCUGCGAGCCUGUCCAGGUGGAGAUGUGCAUCGGUCUGAGCUACAACGCCACUGCCUUCCCUAACAUCUGGGUGGGCAUGGCCACCCAGGAGGAGGUGAUGGAGAUCCUCGGGGGCUACAAGAGCCUGACCAGCCUGCCCUGCUACCAGAACUUCCGGAGGCUCCUCUGCGGGUUGCUUGUGCCCCGCUGCACCCCACUGGGCACUGUCCUGCCCCCCUGCCGUUCUGUCUGCCAGGAGGCAGAGCAUCAGUGCCAGUCUGGCCUGGCACUGCUGGGCACCCCUUGGCCCUUCAACUGCAACAGGCUACCUGAGGCAGCUGGUCUGGGGGCGUGCUCCCAGCCCUGACCCUGAAGCCUGCCCCUGCCCUCCACCUGCCCACCCGUCUUUGGCUGCGAGAGCUGGCAGGCAUAAGAGGGCUGGCCUGGGACUCUGCCCAUCCUCCCAAGAGUAGGGAGGAGAGAGUCCUCAAUGGUGGUUAAUGAGACCCUCCCACCCCACUCCCCACAUUCUUACCCCCUUCUUGGUCCCUCUUGCUCCAGCAACGGCCUGACAUCUGCUGGGGUUCACUCUAGGCCCACGGACUAGUUCCCACUGUCAUCUCUGACCCACAUUCUUACAGGCUGCUUCCACCAAGUGCCCUGCACCCCAUUCUCCAUUAGUCAGAUUCCUCACCAACUCCUCCCUUUUUCUCUUAUUCAACAAGAUGACUCGAGUUCCUACUAUGUGGCAGACUCUGUUCUAGCCCCCGGGAUCCAGCUGCCUGUCUGUCCCUAGACCUCUCCACCCCUUAGAUCCUUGCCUGGCAUUCCCCAUGCCCAGUCCCUGGCCGGGCUCCUGCGGCUCCUUGGGGCAGUAGGUGCCCUAAGUCUCUCUAGGUUCUUUGCUUCGAGGCUCCCGGCUUAAGUAACUCCCCCUCCCUUCUCCCCCAAACCUUGGCCGGCCGCCGGGCGACACCACGAGUUAUUUCCCUGCUAUUUCCCGGCCUGGAGCUUUUGGGCCCUGAGCCUCUGGUUUCCUCUUGAGUCUGGGUGGGGCCAAACGGAGCCGGCUGGGAGCGAACAGGGACCAGUGGGGCGGCGGGUGUAGGGGGCGCCUGCUGGGGAGAAGCUUGGGGGUCCAGCCGGAGCGUUGGGCACAGGGGCGCCCCAAGAGGCUCAGAGUAGGCAGCUCUGGGAGCGGGACUACGAGAAGACCCGAAGUCCCGGCGCCCCGCGGCAGUGCCAUGAGGCUGCUCCUGGCCCUGCUGGUCCUGGGCCUGG